AUGCCACAUUCUCCACCUUCCAAGCCCUCGUCUGACAAAAGCGGUCGAGUUGCACACCUCUACCUGGAUGAAUCCAACUUCAAAAUCAGUGGUGCAAAAGCCGAAGAGAAGCGUCGCCGUCUUGACCCCAAAAGACACUUAGACUGGCAUUACGACAUCCGCAAGCUCAGAGGCAUCAUCCGCAAAGUCACCGGAAUGAAAGUCAUCAGUGUCUAUGGAUCUAACCUUCAUCGAGGUCGCGUAUAUCAAGAUCUUGUACUUCAUUCUUCCCGUUUAUUCAACUUUCAUCGGAAAGGAAAGGGAGGCGAGAAAAAGGUUGAUACGAACCUAGUCAGAGAACUUCCGCGCAAAGACCUUAUCGAACUUACACUUCUGGACAACUUCCUCGUCACUCUCACCAUGGCGAGGUCUAGUGUUCGUAUGUGGAAACUUCUCUUCCCUCGCAAUUGUGUUGUACUUCUCAACCCGUGGCAUGUUGUUGGUCAAUUGGUCGACAAGCUCGCUUCAUCCAACAUGUAUCUCAUUCAGAGUUUGAAUGAUGGAAGCCGGCCCCAUAAUGAUGUUGUGGUUUUGCCUCACAAAAGAGUUCGAGAUCCGGAUAUCCGACUUCGUUUCAUGCUAGAGGACUUCAAAGAGAAAGGGUUGAUUGCCAUGACUUUGGCUGAGUAUUCUCUUAGCUCACACCAGAUCAAGCUUUUUGGCUCUUAA